AUGGCAACCGAAUUCGACGAUGUGUUGACGAAUCAACCUGUUGUGAUUGACAAUGGCUCCGGUACGAUCAAAGCUGGUUUUGCAGGCGAAGAGCAGCCGUCUUGUUAUAUCCCUUCCUUCGUCGGUCGUCCGAAACAUCCCCGAGUAAUGGCAGGUGCGAUACAGGAUAACCUAUUUAUAGGAAGACGAGCACAGGAAUUGAGAGGAUUAUUGAAGAUAAAAUAUCCAAUGGAACAUGGGGUGGUGACUGAUUGGGAUGAUAUGGAGAGGAUUUGGGGUUGGGUGUACGGGGAGGGUCUGAAAGCCUUGAGUGAGGAGCACCCUGUACUUCUCACCGAAGCACCUCUCAACCCACGUCAGAAUAGAGACGUAGCCGCUCAGAUAUUCUUCGAAACGUUCAACGUGCCAGCGUUCUUCACGAGUGUACAAGCUGUUCUAUCACUAUACUCUUCGGGGCGUACGACAGGUAUAGUUCUAGACUCAGGAGAUGGAGUGACCCACGCCGUGCCUGUCUUCGAAGGAUUCUCGAUGCCACAUGCGAUUCGACGGAUAGACAUAGCAGGAAGGGAUGUGACGGAUCAUCUGCAGCUGUUACUCAGGAAAUCCGGAUAUUAUCUACAUACGUCUGCGGAGAAAGAGGUGGUUAGGACUAUAAAAGAGAAAACAUGUUAUCUGGCUAUCAAUCCUGCUAAGGAGGAGAAAGAUCAGUCGGGAGCAUGGGAGGAAUUUAGGUUACCUGAUGGAAAGGUCAUACAGCUUGGUGUGGAGAGGUUUUUGGCUCCUGAAAUACUUUUCAACCCAGAACUGAUAGGUCAAGAAUAUCCUGGUGUACAUCAGGUCAUCGUGGACUCCAUAAAUAGGACGGAUCUGGAUUUGAGGAAAUCGCUGUUCAGUAAUAUCGUAUUGUCAGGUGGAUCAACAUUGUGUACAGGUUUUGGAGAUAGGUUGUUGAAUGAGGUUAAGAAACUGGCGUUGAAAGAUGUCAAAUUGAAGAUAUAUGCACCACCAGAAAGAAAAUACUCGACAUGGAUAGGAGGUAGUAUCUUAGCUGGAUUGAGUACAUUCAAGAAGAUGUGGGUAUCGGCCGAUGAGUACAAAGAAGAUCCUGAUAUCAUACAUAAGAAGGCGUUUUAG